AUGCGCCUCGGUAGGUGGAGGACAGUUGUGAGGGUAAGAACGGCCCGUCAAUUGUGCCAACGAAGAUCUUACACAUCUCCAUUUCCCUAUACAAGUACACCUCUGCACCUCACUCGAAAUCUGCUCGUGCGGCCGAUAGGAAAUCCUGUAGAUCCUUGCUCAGACAACUUUGUGCUGUACCCGAAUUUCUUUUCCAAAGAAGAAUGUAGAGAGAUCCUGUUGAUGGCAUUGUGGAAGCUUGAUCGGGCGGACUCUUCAAGGAGGAGAAAGGGAAGAGCAAGGGCAAUCGCCCAUGAAGAACAUCCAGAUGGACUGGAGGGUUUACAAGACUUAUUCACCGGGGAGUAUGAAUUCGAAACAGGACACUAUGAUUCUGUCAUUCAUGACUACCGUGAAACUUUGAUGUCGUCACUUCCCCAAUCGGUCUCUCCAGGCCUAUCCUCGUCACUCACCCGCCUAUAUGCUUUGGUGGCUCCCUCAGCCUCACAAUCAUCUCUACCACCAGCAGGGACCUUGACUCAUCUACUUCAUUUGGCACCUAGCGGCCAGAUCUUACCUCAUGUCGAUAACCUAGAAGCAUCUGGUAGACUUAUACUUGGGUUAUCAUUGGGAGCGGAACGCAUCUUACGCUUACAAAAAGGUUUGGAGGAAGGGUGGGAUGUCAGAUUACCGAGUGGGUCUGUGUAUGUGCAGAAUAGAGAUCAGAUCAGAUAUGAGUAUCAGCAUUCCAUCUUGCCCUACAACCAUACAGAUUCCGUCUGGGAUAGUCAUCGCCUCAAGCCGGGGCAUAGAAUUAGUAUCAUGAUCCGUGUAAGUGCCUUCUUUUAA